AUGCAGAGGAAACCUUCUAGCAAAACUCAGACAACUCUUGAGCAGCUCUUCCCAGCUCAACUGAAGACCCCCAUCUUUGAUCCCAAUAAUCAUGACACAGCAGGUUUUCAGAAAAAUCUGAAGCAGCAAGCUUGGAUAACAAGUGCUGAAACUGUAGAAAUCCACAGGCCUUCAGAUGUGAGGAACUUUUUGAGCCCUGCAUUGGGCAUCAUGCAGUUCAUGGGAGCAUUUCCCUAUGACAUAAGCAGUACUGAAAAUGAUGGCUGGGGUAGUGGGCAGUUGCUGAGGUUCAUGCUGCUCUGUGCCACUGGAUUGGGCUGUGGACUCUACUACCUCUACAUGUUGCUCAGCAAUGGGCUUCAAAGGUUGGGCUACUCCAAUAUGGAUACUGUCACCAUCAUGGGCAUUGUUAUUGUGCUCAGCUCCUGUGCCAUGAUUAACAUGGUGAAAAUUGCACAUGUUACCAAGGUCUUCAGGAACUACUUCAUCCAAGUCAGUGGCACAGUGGAACCAAAUGAGGAGUCAACAGUGGAAAUAGAAGCAGUAGAUGUUAAGCAAAUGCUGAAAUCUUUGUGGUGGAAGGGUAUGAUUAUGCUAGUACUGGUUGACUGGGUCAUGUACAUGCUGCAAGGCAUAUCCCAAGUAUACCCUGUCUUGUUUGAAAGUGAACCCUACUUUGAUCAAGGAUCCUCUGGAAAUAUUACAACUCCAAGUCCCAACCUUGGACCAACAGACACUUAUUCUCCCACCUACAAGGCUUUCAUAAUUUUUCUGUUAACAUGGUAUUCAACUGUGUUUUCAAUGAUUCAAAAGUUUGGGACCCUCUUGCUGAUCUCCUUGAUGAACCUGACCCGUGCCCGGAUUCGAAGGGCAACAUGGGCCCUCAAAAGAGACCUGGGUUCCCUGGUGGCACAUGCAAGAGACCCAACACUACCCAUAUUCACUACAAAUUUGAGAUUUGGCGAGGAAUGGACAAACACUGGGAAAUUAAUUACUGAGUUCCAGUUGAGGUAUAAUCUCAUAGAGGAAGAAAAUGAUGUGCUGGUUGAUGCUGUGUCUCCAACUGUGUGUUCUGCAUACUUUGGUCACAUAUCUGUGACCAUCAUUGGGUUAUACUAUCUCCAGGCUGCUUAUAUCUUUGGUUCUGAUGUGUGGAAUGGAAGUUUCUAUGCAAAGUUGAUUGCCAUGGGAAUGGCAGCAGUUGGCAAUGCAGUAUCCUUGGUCAUCAUGGCUGAAGAUGGACAAAAGCUCACUGAUGAGGUGAAUCAGUGUGUUGAGAAACAGUUGGAAAUGGAAAAUUUGCUGCGCCUGGGUGCUGGGGUGCCUGGGGGUCUCAUGCCUGAGGCCCCCACUACUGAUACUGCUGAAAGGGUUUUCAUUUCAUCCCUGGCCCUCAUCAAGAUGCUGAAACAUGGAAGGGCAGGUGUGCCAAUGGAAGUGAUGGGUCUCAUGCUUGGAGAAUUUGUGGAUGACUACACUGUCACAGUCAAGGAUGUCUUUGCUAUGCCUCAAUCUGGAACUGGGGUGAGUGUAGAGGCAGUGGAUCCAGUGUUUCAAUCUAAAAUGCUGGACAUGCUGAAGCAAACUGGCAGACCUGAGAUGGUAGUGGGAUGGUACCAUUCUCAUCCUGGAUUUGGAUGCUGGCUAUCUGGUGUAGACAUCAACACCCAGCACAGUUUUGAAACCCUGACCAGCAGAGCAGUUGCUGUGGUGGUGGAUCCCAUUCAGAGUGUUAAAGGAAAAGUUGUGAUUGAUGCCUUUAGGCUCAUUAGCACAAACACACUUGUUUUGGGACAAGAAGCCAGGCAGGUCACUUCAAAUUUGGGACACUUGCACAAGCCUUCCAUAGUGGCUUUGCUGCAUGGACUCAACAGGUUUUACUAUUCAAUUGGGAUCAGCUACAAUCUGAAUGCCUUGGAAAAGAACAUGUUGCUCAACUUGGACAAACACUCUUGGAAAGAUGGUCUGAAAGUCAAGUCUUAUGCAAAACAAGAUGAAGACAAUCUUGAAAAGAUGAAGGGAAUUCUUGAAAUUUCACAUGCUUUCAGAAAGAGGCUGGAAGAUGAAAUGUCCCUCAAGCCAGGCACUGAUGCAGACACACAUUUCAUUGGCACUCUGGACCCCAUCUCUGUGAACAGAGAGUUCCGACUUCUUGAGUACCGACUGUUGUGA